AUGAGUGAAUCAAGUAAUAAAAUUUUAAAAGCUGAAAUAGGAAUAAUUAAAAAAGUUGACCUAGAACUAUUUAAAAAUAUUAUAUUACCUUUCAAUGGAUUAGUUGAAGAAUAUAAUGAAGAAAACGAAACAGCUAUAGUGCAAUUUAAUAUAGGUAUAGAAAAAAAGCAUUUAGAAGGAUUAGGAAACUACACAGUGAAACCAAUGCAGUUUGAUUUGAUUGAAACAAAAGAUAAAAAUUUAAGAAAAAGAAAUAUAAAUUUUAUAUAUGAUAGAGUUAUUAUAGAUGAACAUGAUAUUAUUAGCAUUUUUCUGAAUAUUACUUUAAUAGCUCCUGUUAUAUUUGUAUUGUUAAGCAUAUUGAUAUUAUCAUCUAUAUUUUAA